CGAUAUCCCAACCCCCUGGACUGGAGCCUAGGAGUGACGAUCCGAUGGGACCGAUGGGUUCAAAGACCCUUCUUCAACGGGGUUGAAUUGCUCAAGCUUAACGGAUGUGCAGACCACACAGUGUCGUCUUUUUGGUUUCAUCGAAUAAGGACAGAGGAUGACAUUCCACACUCAGUCGGAGUCUAUACUUUCUUCGAGUAAGAGGUCAGCAUGCGAUCGCUGCCGCCACCAAAAGCUGCGAUGUCCUCGCGGGGAGCAUGCUAGCGAUUCGGAACCCUGCAACAGAUGCGCCCGGCUUGGAACGAAAUGCGUCACCAGCUACCGGCAACCUCUUGGUCGUCGUACCCGAAGUGCUUCUACUGCUUCAGCAACCCAAGAUUCGGAUGAGACCAGGGCACCAUAUUUAUCUCAGCUUUCGGGCUCGUUUCGCUUCGAGCAACCUCCUUCCCAUGCCAUUUUGCCAGAAAGGGAGAGUCACAGUACUUCAACGCUCUUCGACCAUGUAUCUGUCGGACCCGUCCUAGAUGCGGAACCUCACUUCUCUUAUAGAGGGCAUCACGAGACGCAGAAUCAGAUGUGGUCUCAUAUUUCAUGUUCUGGGAACCUCUUUGCCUUGGGUGUUCUUUCUGAGCCUACGCCUCCCAGUCACAGCAGCAAUGCUGAAAUAGAAUCUGGUUCUAUCGAGAUAGAGCAGGAAUAUCACGGUCAUCACGGACUGAGGAAGGGGUCUGCGUUCACCCCUGUCCGAGAAUGCGACCAGCGUUUGUCUCAGCUAAACCUGAAUCUUUCGACGCUACUAGACUCUCACUCUCCUUGGUUGGCUCGAGAGCCCCUUGCAGAGGGCGCUCUACCCCGGGCAUCCAACUCGCCUGCUCGCGAUCAAGCCAGCCCAUACCCUACUCUCGGCAGUCCAGAUCCAUGGAGCGAUGAAACUUUGGGAGACUUGCUUCGGUACAUGGCUGAGUUCAUUUCCAUCAUGCAGUCCUACACCGAAGAAAAUGCAAACGACAGACCACGGCUUGGUACGGUGAUUCAGCUGAAUUUACUUUCUGUUCAUCUACAGAUAGUCGCAAUCUGUGAUGAGCUCUUCCGGUAUCUCUGCCACCAUUUCUGCCAGCCUCUAUGUCCAUCGUCGCCCUCGCCACCCAGCGGUGGUGAAUAUCAUGAGCGCUCGCCGACCAGUACGCUCCGCAGAUCCAAACUUGAAGAAAUUCAGCCACUGCCAGGCCUCCAACUGGCUGGCUUUCAUGUCCAGCAUGGGACGCUGCAGGCCAGGCUGCUUCUGCACACGGUGCUGCAUCACUUCUCUCUGAUGGAGAGAAUGCUUGGACUCCCAGACGAAUGGCGGGUUGUUGGGAAGCGCGAUGCAUCCUGUACUGGGCUUUUGGAAAACGAACAGGGGCGUCUGCUCCUGGAUGCAAUAGGAACAGGUAACGUUAACUGGACUGAACGACAUGAUCCUGAUAUAGAGGGCAACGAGGGGUUGGCAAAGCUGCAUUCACUCAGGGGAAAGAUCAAAACGCUUCAACAGUUUAUAGAGCUAUAAAAUGUGUAACUAGAUCGGGGCGACCCAUUCGCGUUGUGGUUACUUCCGAACGAUGAUCUCUGUCUGCAGCAUGAGCCACGUCGAGUCCUCUCUGUCAGCCCACGCCAGCGUGUCUCUACAGAUUUCGUCAAUAUCUUCCUCCGUUAGACCAAACUGAAGCGCAUUUUUGCGAGAGGGACCAUUCAGAACCUUGGAAAUACCCCGGGCUAUAAAACUUUCAAGUCAGUUUCAUCAUCCCAGCCAGAUACA